UCUGAGCCCAGGGCGGCUCCGAGACAGCCCCAGCUGCUCGUGCGCUGGGGAGAGAAUCCCAGGCCCCCGCAGCCGCCGCCGGACGCUGGCUCCGGGUCCGGCAGCCACAGCUGGGAGCCCUACGUGUCACUGAGAGCAGCUGCGGCGGCUGCUGCCGCGGCCCCCCGGGAGACGGACAGCACCCGGGCAGCAGCCCGACCAAGCACCAUGCCCGCCGUGGACAAGUUGCUGCUGGAAGAGGCAUUGCAGGACAGCCCCCAGACUCGUUCCCUACUGAGUGUCUUUGAAGAAGAUGCCGGGACCCUCACAGACUACACAAACCAGUUGCUGCAGGCCAUGCAGCGAGUUUAUGGAGCCCAGAAUGAAAUGUGCUUAGCCACCCAGCAACUUUCCAAGCAGCUACUGGCCUAUGAGAAACAGAAUUUUGCUCUUGGUAAAGGAGAUGAAGAAGUCAUAACUACCCUCCACUAUUUUUCCAAGGUGGUGGAUGAGCUUAACCUCCUCCAUACAGAGCUAACGAAGCAACUGGCAGACACGAUGGUGCUUCCCAUCAUACAGUUUCGAGAGAAAGAUCUCACAGAAGUCAGCACCUUAAAGGAUCUCUUUGGCCUCGCUAGCACCGAACAUGACUUGUCCAUGGCAAAGUACAGCCGGCUCCCGAAGAAAAAAGAGAAUGAAAAGGUGAAGUCCGAGGUGGCAAAAGAGGUGGCCGCAGCCCGAAGGAAGCAGCAUCUGUCGUCCCUCCAGUACUAUUGUGCCCUGAAUGCUCUUCAGUACAGGAAGAGGAUUGCAAUGAUGGAGCCCAUGUUAGGAUAUGCCCAAGGACAGAUAAACUUUUUUAAGAAAGGAGCCGAGAUGUUUUCCAAAAGGAUGGACAGCCUUUUGUCUGACACCAGAACCAUGGUUCAAAGCAUACAGGAAGAAUCAGAGGCAGAGGUUGAAAAGAUGCAGCUGUCCCAGCAAGAGCUGCUCUCUGUUGAUGAAUCCGUUUACACCCCAGAUUUCGACGUCGCUGCACCCGCCGUCAACAGGAACCUCAUCCAGAAGGCUGGUUACCUCAAUCUCAGAAAUAAAACUGGCCUGGUCACCACCACGUGGGAGAGGCUGUACUUCUUCACUCAAGGUGGCAACCUCAUGUGUCAGCCUCGGGGCGCUGUUGCCGGCGGUUUGAUCCAGGAUUUGGACAACUGCUCUGUCAUGGCCGUGGACUGUGAAGACCGGCGCUACUGUUUCCAGAUCACCACCCCGACGGGAAAACCGGGGAUCACCCUGCAGGCCGAAAGCAAAAAGGAAAAUGAGGAGUGGAUAUGUGCCAUCAACAACAUCUCCAGGCAGAUCUACCUAACCGACAACCCUGAGGCCGUGGCCAUCAAGUUGAACCAGACAGCCCUCCAGGCAGUGACGCCAAUCACAAGCUUUGGAAAAAAACAGGACCCCUCACGACCAAGCCAGAACCGGAAGCAUUCAGGUUCAGAAAAUGACAAGAUGGUCCCUAACACACCAGCUAAAGUCUCUGAUGCCGACCAGUUAAUUGUACCCGGAACCCCUAUUCAAUUUGAUAUCGUCCUUCCUGCUACUGAAUUCCUCGAUCAGAAUCGAAGUGGAAGGCGUACAAACCCAUUUGGUGAAUCUGCAGAUGAAAAGCAGCCUGACGAGGAGGAUUCACUGUUGCAGCAGAUGUUCAUAGUUCGGUUUUUAGGAUCCAUGGCUGUCAAAACCGACAGCACUAGCGAGGUGAUUUAUGAGGCCAUGAGACAAGUGUUGGCUGCCCGUGCAAUCCAUAACAUCUUCCGCAUGACAGAAUCUCAUCUGAUGGUCACCAGCAAAACUCUGAGGCUGAUCGACCCUCAAACCCAAGUCACAAGGGCCAGCUUUGAACUCACCAGUGUCACACAGUUUGCGGCCCACCAAGAAAAUAAGAGAUUAGUUGGUUUCAUUGUGCGUGUUCCGGAGUCUGCUGGAGAAGAAUCCCUGAGCGCAUAUGUGUUUGAGAGCAACACAGAGGGAGAAAAGAUCUGUUAUGCUAUUAGCUUGGGGAAAGAAAUUAUCGAGGCUCAGAAGGACCCAGAAGCACUGGCUCAGCUCAUGCUCUCCAUGCCAUUGACCAGCAAUGGGAAGUUUGUGUUACUCAAUGACCAGCCAGACAGUGAAGAUGGAAACCCAAACGAAAGUAAAGGAGCUGAGUCUGAAGCAUAAGCUCAUUUCUGCUGGUGGGGAAGACACUGGGGAGCCCUCUUGACAGGGUUCUCGGUGUUUCUCGCUGCUGGCCAGUUUCUGAAUUCUGACAAUCACGGGCAGAAUGUUUCAUCCCAGCCUUGGUACCAUAAGACCGAGAAGGGACAACUGUAAGGAACAGUUGAUGAUGUCUCAUUUCUGCUAAGGUUAAAAUAUUUUAGGUACCUUAUAGCAAAAUCCUUUUCCUUGUUUGCAUCAUUUAGUUCUGAAUGAAGGUUGAGGGAAAAAAAAUGCACUGUUCGCUUUUUUAAAUGAAGUCAACUCUGUCCCCUCGGUUCCUAGUGUCCUUUCUAAGUGUGGCAGUAGCCUAGAUUUACAGUUUGAUAAACACUAAAUGUUUCCUAUUAAUAUAAUCUAUUUUUGUACUUCACCUAAUAAGCUUCAAGUGCCUCUCAUUCUUACAUGACCAUUCUGUAAAGAAACACAUUUACAGGGCCGCCAUCCUUGGACUCCUGGACUUGAGAGUUUUGUCCUGCAGGUGGGCAGAAUGCACAGUUUAGCUGCCUGAGAUGUAGGGUCAAGCCUGGCUUCGGACGGCCAUCCUACACAUGGAUCAUGCAAUAAAAACUUCAGCACAAGAAGACGUACGAUUUUGCAAUGAAACGAAAUGCAACCAGCACCCAGACGCCCUGGAACGAGUGGCAGGCCUUUUUCCGUGAUGAUUCAUGUGCUGCUCCCCAGAUCCUCAUUUCUGCUGAGCCAGACCUGUCCCAGGGAAGGGACCAAUUGUUUCUAAAGUGGACUGAGCCACAACCAGGAAAGGCUGGAAUUCAAAGCCCAGUUUACCCACCCUCCCCAGCCCCAUGCACCAACUUAAUAUCCUUCCUACUGAUACCCUAACCAGAUCUUUUGAUGGAGCCAAGCAUCUUCCUCAGUUGGAUUUCUAGUCUGCCUCUGGGCCCUGUAAUCCUCCCCCUUCCAUGAAAUAAGCAGACAGAAAUGAUGAUCUUGAACUGGUGUGGCUGACAGUGACAGAGUCUGACAAUUCACAGCUGUCUUUGUUAUUGAAUUAGUCUAGCAAUAAAUGCUAGAAAAUAAAAAAAGUCUGCAUCA